AUGGCUUUACCGAAAGCCCACCUCCAACUUCUCAACAUCCCACGCGAGGUUCGGGAUCACAUCUACAGCUACCUCCACCGCGAACUCGAGCUACGCACCGUAGAGCGCCUAGGCGACACGCAGGUAAUCUUCGGGCUGACCAACGCGCCCUACCCAAGCGUACUACGCACACACUCCCGCAUCCACGACGAAUACAAAGCGUCGCACCCGUUCAAGCACCUCUCCGCCAGCGCGACCAACAUCGACCACUUCUCGGACCUCUGGAAAUGGCAUACCGACUCCAAAUCCACCCAGCAAGACAAUGCAGCGCUCGCACGCCUCAAACACGUAAUCCUGCGCUUCACGCACCUCCCCAGCCCAGCCGCGCAGAGCAACAACGCCGUAACCGCCAUAAUCGACGCCCUGGCCCUCACAGCCCCAUCACUCCAAUCCAUCAUGAUCGGCGAGUUCAGAAGCCUGCAGAAAUACAGCGACGCCACUUUGCCAAAGGACCUCAACUAUCCCGCCGCCGACAAACUCAUCUCGCUGCCACCACAACUCCAGGGACUGCGCCUCGUGCAGCGCGUCGACUGCCGCUGGUACCACUCGUUCUGCGCUGCACCGACCCCCGACUCGGUCACGCAUAGCUUGUUCCAGGUGCGGAUGCAUACGUAUUCCUUGACGGGGGUCUGCAGGUACAGAUGGACGCCGGGGGAGCUGGAGAGUUGCAGGACGCCGCCAGGGUAUCCGAGGUUACUGAGGCGGGUGGUGAGAGAGUAUAAGGCGAGGAUGGUAGAGCAGAAGCCGAAGAGGAUUCUUGGGUGGCGCGAGGAGUGGUGGAACGAAGGUUGCGGUGCGGAUUGA